AAAGCCAAACACAUUGUUGUUUGAUUUUUCAGCAGAAAUUUUUUAUUUUUUAUUAGUUUAUAUCGUAAACAUGAGUUUGUCCAGCAUAAAACAGAAAGAAGCUAAGGGCAAAAAGAAAUUGCUGCCCAAACUGCGCAAUAUUCUAGCCAAUCCUUACAAACAGCACAGCCCUCUUUUAUCGGAGGAGGAAGUGCAGCAGUUCCGUCAGAUCCUUCAGAAUGCAAUUAAAAGCAGCGACGGGCAGACCAAAUCGUUUGCCACUCGAUACGGAAUACAUCUCGGCCUGGAGAGCUCCCUACGCGCCAUAAACUCGCGGCGUUUCUCCUGCCUAUUGGUUUCCUUGAGCCUGCGACCAACUCACCUCGUCCGUCUAAUGGCCACCAGUGCAUCUGUCAAGAUGCCCACGGCUCCCAUUUACGCGCAGCCCAAACUGGAGGAGCUUACCCAGGAAAUCUUUGGCGUUAGAGCGCUUUCCUUGGCCUUGCCAUUAGAUUUGAAAGCAAUAAGCGAGGACUUGGAACAGUGGAUUACUGCCCGAAAGAGAACACCUACACCUGCUAAGAAGAUAGCCCCGAAAACGCACAAAAAACCCAAGAAGAAACCCGAAAUAAUCAAACCAGCCGAAGAGGAAAAAAAACCGCAGCUCCCAGUGGCUGAAAAGAAGGAUUGGGGUGAUGAUUUCAUAUCCUGCUUCUCGGACGAACCCUCAGUAAAGUUGGACCGCGUGGAUGUCCAGGUGGAGACCCAAAAACUGGGCAAUGCCCUCAGUAAUUUGGCAAUGAAAGCCAAAAGUAAAAAGCCGGUAGUAGAAGUCAAAAAUAACCCUGUUAAAAAAGAGAAGUCCCCCAGCCCAGAGCCCAUGGAGGUGGAGCCACAUGAUGAUGAUGAUUUCCUGCCCGCAGAUCUGCACAACUAUCGCCCCCUUACUGUCUACCAAGUGCGUCCUAAUCCCGACAAGAAACCCAAAAAGAAACGAAACAAAAAGGCAAACAAGUCCUAGAGAUGGUUGGCAACGCCACCGCAACAGCUGUAGUUUUUAGGUUAUGUUAUUCAGUUUGUUAUCGUAAUUGUUAAGGCGCCCACACAAAAUGCUCCGGACUUUUCGUCAAAUAGCCCGACUAGGAAGAUCCCUAAGGACGCCAUUUCCAUCUAAAAGUCUGCCUAAACUCUCAACCACCUUAGAGCUGCAGGCUCCUGUACACACCAGUGCUUCAGCGUGGAAGUACGACAAGAAAUCCUCACGAGCAUCGGAUGACUUGGACAGCGACGACGAGGAUGAUGAGGAUUUCAAGGACGAAAGGGACUCCAAGGUGGUCAAGACCAAGGUGAACUCACUGCGCGCCGAUCUCCUACUGAAAGCUGGCCUGGGCAUGGCGAGAAACAAAGUGGAACUGAAUUUCUACGAGAGCAAGAUACGCGUCAAUGGAAAGAAGCUGCCCAAAAAGAGUGCCCAGCUGGAAGUCGGCGAUGAAAUCGACGUAAUCCGAGGCUUUAGUCAAUCGAAUCCUUCCCAUCUGGUCGUGGCCCGCGUCUCAAUCCUCUCCGUCAGCGAGCGCGAGGAAGGACUCAGCGUCCACCUGAGGCGCUACAAAUCCCUGCUGGUCGAGAAUUACCGGGGACCCAACGCCUUCAAAUCCUCAGAGCACGUUGCUCAUUAAAACCAAUUAGAAAUAAAGAGACUAUUAAGAGUAAAUGGGUAAAGUCGAGUGAGUUAACUC